AUGCCUCAGAACGAAUACAUCGAGCGCUUUACGAAGCAGCACGGAAAGCGCUUCGAUCAUGACGAGCGCCAACGGAAGAAGAUUGCCCGUGAAGGGCACAAUGCCUCGAAGAAGGCGCAAAACUUCCGUGGUCUGAGGGCCAAGCUGUACGCUGAGAAGCGUCGCAAGGAGAAGAUUCAGAUGAAGCAGAAGAUCCGCGCACACGAGGAGAGGAACGUCAAAUCUAACGAAGCGCCCGAGCCAGCCACCGACGCCCUCCCCGCCUACCUCCUCGACCGUAGCAACGAGAAGAACGCCAAAGCCCUAUCCUCAGCCAUCAAGCAGAAACGUAACGAGAAGGCCGCUCGGUUCUCCGUCCCCCUACCGAAGGUCAAGGGUAUUUCUGAGGAAGAGAUGUUCUCAGUCGUUAAGACAGGAAAGAAGACCAAGAAGAAGAGCUGGAAGCGAAUGAUCACCAAACCUACAUUCGUUGGACCAGGAUUCACCCGUCGCCCCGUCAAAUACGAGCGCUUCAUCCGACCCAUGGGUCUCCGUUACAAGAAGGCCAACGUUACGCAUCCUGAGCUGAACGUCACGGUCCAAUUACCGAUUAUUUCAGUAAAGAAGAACCCCCAACAGCCCAUGUACACCCAGCUCGGUGUCCUAACCAAGGGAACAAUCAUCGAAGUAAACGUAUCUGAACUCGGUCUUGUGACCGCUGGAGGAAAGGUCGUUUGGGGUCGGUAUGCACAAAUUACCAAUAACCCCGAAAAUGACGGUUGCUUGAACGCUGUUCUGCUCGUCUAA